AUGGAUCCUACCAUCUUUUGCGCAUACCUGUCUCGCGGAUGGGGUUUCGGAUCCAACACACAAAAAACAGUCGAACUCCCUCUUCGGCGGUCAGAAUCGCACCGGUACGGGAUUGGAACCGCAACAUCUUCUGGUGGAAGCCUUUUCGGCGGUGGCGCUACAAGUGGUGGUGGCUUUGGUAGCGGCGGCGGCGGCGGCUUCAGAUCCUCUGGAGCCACCGGGGGCGGAUUUGGAAGCUCUGGUGGUGGGCUUUUCGGAAACAAGACUGGAGGAGGGUUUGGUAGUACAACAACAACCCCUGGUGGUGGAUUUGGCUCCAGCGGUGGCUUCGGUGGUGGUGGUGGUGGUACGGGCUUCGGUAGCGGGACGGGAACCGCUUUCCAGCAGGCAAUUCCUCCCUCCGAUGGCACCGCUAGCACACCAUUCAGUGCAUUCACCGAAAAAGAUGGGGCCUCUAGCGUAACCAACCAUUACCAGAGCAUCUCGUUUAUGCAGCCCUACAGCAAAUACUCUUUCGAGGAGCUGCGUCUCGGUGACUACAACCAGGGUCGGCGGUUUGGAAAUGGAAGCGGACAAGCUGGUGCUUUCGGUAGCUCGGCAUUCGGAGGCUCCGGGUUCAACCAGCCCUCCACUGGUUUCGGAAGCACCUCCUCGCCUUUCGGCGGUGGCACCAGUGCGCCGUCUGGGUUUGGCACUACUCAGACUGCCGGUGGAUUCGGGUCGACAUCUAGCAAUCCUCUCUUUGGAGCUUCCAAACCGGCUACUUCCCUCUUCGGCGGUGGUGGAACUACAGGCACCUCUCAGUCCGGUCUCUUUGGUGGAAACACUUCAACCACUGGCGGCUUCGGCACUACUUCUGGAUCUACUGGUGGUUUCGGAUCUGGCGGGGGCCUGUUUGGCAGCGGCACACAGCAGCAGCAACAGCAGAACAAGCCGUUGUUUGGAUCAGGCACUACCUCCACUGGCACCGGUUUUGGCGGAUUUGGUCAACAGGCCACAAGUACUUCUACUCCCUUUGGCGGCACUGCUGCUACGUCGUCUCCAUUUGGAGGUGGCCAACAGCAGCAAACAGGAACAAGCGCCUUUGGCGGGUUUGGCCAGCAGAACCAGCAACAGGCCCAGACUCAGAAUAAGGGCUUGUUCGGCAGCGGAUUCGGGCAGACGAAUCAGCAGCAACAGCCAUCUUCCGGCGGCGGCCUUUUUGGAAGCGGAGGCACCACGACCGGCACCUCUCUUUUUGGUCAAGGUGCCCAACAAAAUCAACAACCAGCGACUGGCGGCUCUUUGUUUGGAGGCACUGGCCAGCAGACCGGAACUGGAGGCUCCCUUUUCGGUGGUGGGAAUCAACAACAGGGCCAGAAGAGUCUUUUCGGCACCGGUACCACGGGCACAGGCACCACUGGCGGUGCUUUCGGAGGAUUUGGAGGUACGCAGACUCAGCAGACAGGAACGGGCGGUGGUCUAUUUGGCGGUACCCAGACCCAACAGCAACAGAAACCGCUGUUCGGCGGUGGCACCGGCACCGGAGGCUCUCUUUUUGGGGGCACAAACACGGCAACUCAAGGUACCGGCUCCUCACUCUUUGGUGGUACCCAGACCCAGCAACCCCAGACUGGAGGUCUUGGCCUAGGAGGCUCUAGUCUCUUCGGUGGUAGCACCCAGCAAGCCCAGCCCCAGCAGCCACAACAGGCCCAGCAGCCGACCCCUGGUAGUCUGCAGGCUUCGCUGUUGGAAGGAAACCCUUAUGGAAAUCAGUCUAUUUUCUCUGGACUGCCGGCCCCCAACGCAUCCAGCCCAGGACCUUUAGCGACUCCCUUGUCAAGCUCCAUCAAACAGAAACAGCGGACCCCGUUGCCUGUCUACAAGAUCACACCUAAUGCGGCUAACCGUCUUGUGACUCCUCCCAAGCGCCAGGGAUACGGGUUCUCCUAUUCGACCUACGGGUCUCCUUCUAGCAGCGCCGGAACACCCACUGGCCUUGGCGGCAGUCUUCUUGGUGGCAGCCUUCGCGGAAGUGUCGCCGGCGGCAGCCUCGGCCGUACUAGCUUUAGCAAGAGCUUCUCUACUAGCAACUUGCGCAAGACAUUCGACCCGGAUACUGACAGCGUUCUCUCCCCUGGAGCUCUUGCGACUGGCCCCUCGCGCUUAUCAAGUGGCAGCUUGAAGCGUCUCACCAUCGACCGCAGUCUGAGAAAUGAUCUCUUCGCUCGUCCUGCGAGCACCCCUGCGGCAAUCACCAAUGGCGAGGAAUCGACCCCUCCCACUGACAAAAUGAAGAAGAAGGUCAGCUUUGACGCCUCAUCUACCACGACCGCGGGUGCCGAAAUCGUCCCAGUGCAAUCGGAAAGCCCUGAGCCCACGCCGGAGGAAUUGGGCUUCUUGCGCUCGAUUCGUAAGAGUGGCACUGUGAACGGUAUCAAUGGAAUCAGCGCGACUACCAACAAUGUCACUCGGCCGGAAAUGGAGACUGUCCGUGCUCAGGACCUUCCUUCAGUUCCCGAGGACGCCGAACAGACAACGCCUGCUGAGGUUCCCUCCAGGCUUCCGUUCGUCCCUGGCGGCGACCCCCAGCCUGGCGAGUAUUGGAUGAGGCCGACCCGUGCGGAGCUCAACAAGAUGAGCCGCGAGCAACUGAAACAUGUUACCGGCUUCACCGUCGGCCGUCAACGUUGCGGUGAAGUGACAUUCGACGAGCCCGUGGACUUGACUACGAUCGACCUGGAUCAAAUCUUUGGUGGUCUGGUGGAGAUCGGUGUGCGCAAGAUCACUGUGUACCCAGAUGAGGCCAUCAAACCUCCUCGUGGUAAGGGAUUGAACGUGCCCUCUAUCCUUCGUAUCGAGAACUCCUGGCCGCGGGGUAGAGACAAGAAGUCCCCGUCUCCGCUCACCAGCGGUCCUCUAUUCGAGAAGCACGUCGAUCGCCUGAGGAAGGUACACAACACCGAGUUCAUCGAUUAUGAGAAGGGCACGGGAACCUGGGUUUUCAAGGUGCCCCAUUACACCACCUACGGUCUUGAUUACGAUAGCGACGAGGAAGAAGAAGGUGAGAGCCUUAACCAGAGCACUUUGAGUGCUGGUCCUGACACUCCAACUGCGAAGGCCCAAUCGCUAUCCAACUUUGACAACACCAUGGGUUCGGAGCAGAUGUCGACCUUUUCAACUGACGACUCUUUUUUGGGCUCCGUGGCCGGGGUCGAGGACGACACUUUUGAUUUCAAGAAACGGAAACUGGUUCCUGGAUCAUUUGGCAACCAGGCAAUGGAGAUGGCAGAUGAUCGGCAGUCGGCUUCGGAGGAGUCUUUUUUAGAGGAAGGCUCCACGGGUUCAACUAUUGAGCAAGACGGUGAGGAUAUCACCGAGAGCCAGCAGUCUGGCGACUCAGAAGUUGAAUCGGAUGAGAUUGAGGAAAUGGACAUGGCGGGUACAUUUCCUGACCUUCAUCCUACCGUGGAGCCAAAUGGCGUUAAGAGCGCCGUCGAGGAUUCCCAGCCCACCUUGAAGCCAUGGAACACCCCUCCCAAGGCACGUCUUGAUCUUACCGGCGAUUGGGCCGAACAGCUGCAACGUACUAUCAGCCCUCGCAAACAAGACCGCGAUGCCCUACGUGGGAUUCAAGCGAAUGCCUUCACCGACCGACCCCUUCAUGAUGACAGUCCUAAGCAGUCGUCAACCAAUGCCCAGCAGAAAAGUUUUGCCACUAGCAUUGAUUUGAUGAAUUCCCUCUUCCAACAACCGCGCAAGCAAGGUCAAUCCCCAUCGAAAGGGCGGAGUGCUCAGCCUAAAGGUUUUGAGUGGCCCUAUCACAAGAAACCCAAAACCUUUGCAGGCGAAUCGAAUGAACUGAGUGGUGAUGACAUUGCCUUUCACCACUCGUUCAAGCCCCGAUGGGGCCUCGACACCCUUAUCACUGCAAAGAAUGAUGUCACAGAUGCGUCUUCUGAUGAUGGUCGUUGGGAGCAAAAGUUCUCUAUUACCAGCGAAGGCAGAGACAUUGUUUUCUUGUCGUUGAAUCAAAAGGCAUCCUCCCUUGAGAUGCUUGAUGUGCAGAGGCAACUUUCGGCGAUUACUCGCGUGGAUGGCGUUCCCUUCGCUCGCUUGGAAAGGGCAGAUUUCCGACACUUUGCGCAGGCCUCGUCAGGAUCAAACCAAGAGCUUCUGGUGUGGCAGCUCGCCAACAUACUCUUCAAUGAUGAGAUCGAAGAUGACAUCUCAGCCGGCGUUCCAGUGCAACUCCGCGCAAAGUACAUGCAUCGCAUCAAGAAGGAUCGCCUUAGCCGACUGUGGGAGAAGAUCGUCCGUGAAAAGCAUGCCCAUGACUUGGGCAAGGCUAGUUCGGCUGAAGAGCGUGCUGUUCACCUCCUCUGUUCACACCGUAUCGAAGAGGCCUGUAACGUUCUCAUGACAGGCCAGGAUUUCCACUUGGCUACCCUUCUCUCGCAAAUCAGCCGGGAUCCUACGACCCGCGCGGACAUGGCAAAGCAAGUUGAGAUGUGGCGUCAGCACAAUGUGUAUUCCGAGAUGAGCGAGCCCAUCCGUGCCUUGUACGAGCUUUUGGCAGGUAAUGCCCUUCGCAGCGAGGGCAAAUCUGGCGGAGCCUUGGAAGACCGCGCUUCUACUUUCACCUUCACAGAACGGUUUGAUUUGGAUUGGUUCCAAGCAUUUGGUCUCCGCCUAUGGUACGGCAUUACGGAUGAAGAGCCGAUUGAAGCUGCUGUUGCUCAGUUCAUCAAGGACCUUACUCGCGGCGAGGAGCCGGCAUUCCCCUACCCCCUGCACCAAGAAGGUUCGCGGGGAGUGAUGCAUACAUCUGCAGAUAUCCUGGGGCGGGAAUCUCCUCUGUGGGUGUUGCUGAAGACGUACUCUGCAACUGUGGGCACCCGUACCGAUGUUGAACAUCCUGCCUUGGAAUUCCCUGCCGCGUUGCUUCCUGAGUCUGUCAGCGGAGACAAGUUAUCCAACCGGUUGUCCUUCCAGCUGCACCAACUCCUUGCUGCCACCGUCGGUCAACAUCACCGCCUGAAAAUCGAUACCGUACGGGCAGACCAACUGGUCCGCGACUAUGCCUGGGAACUCAGCUGCAGUGGCGAACUCAACCGCGCCUUGUUCAUACUCUUGCAUCUGUCCAAGGCAUCAGAUCGUGAACAGGCUGUCAGAGAGACGUUGGCGCAUUUUGCGUCCGAGCUACCUGGCCCGGUUACUCCUGCGGGCACACCCGACAGCAAUUGGCAGUAUUUGACCGUCGACCUGCAAAUCCCUGCUGGGUGGAUUUGGGUGGCCAAGGCUCUGUACGCUCGCGACACUGGUAAUGCUGCCGAUGAGGUGGAUUGCUUGAUUCGCGGCAAGCAUUGGAACGACGCCCACGCUACCCUCUGUCGCAUUGUGGGCCCCACUGCGGUGAUCGAACGGGACUACGCAACCCUGGAGAAGCUGGUCACUGGAUUUGGCGACGCGCCAGAGCGCAAAGUUCGGGGCUGGGCAAGUGGCGGCGGGGUGUACGAGGACUUCCUGCACCUGGCGACUGCGCCGAGCGGGUCACGCGAUGCUAGUCGGCUCAACCGGCUGGUUAAUGCGCUGGUGACGAUGGGCAAGACGAUCCAGCAGGCUUCAGGGGUGGAAGGUCUGGAGGAGCGGGUGGCUUUUACGGAAAUGAGCAAGGCGGUCGCUCGGUGGACGGCGCACGAUGAUGGAAAGGGAGUGGAAUUGUCAAGUGUGUUGCGACUGCCUCUGACAGGCGAUGCACGCAUCCAACAGACGGCGGAGAUGAGCCGCCGCUACUACGGAGUGGUCAUGGCCGGUGCCUAUUGA